AUGCCAUGGAAGAAAGACCUUGUAGAACUCGGCUUGCUUGCCAAGGGCGAUAGGAUUAAACUUAAGUCAUUUUGCAAAAAAGGCAUCUCUUCUGACAGAGAAGGAAAGAUGGCAAGAAUAAAACAAAUUCGUGGACAAGGUAAAGGAAAGAAGCUUGGAGAUCCAACUUUUAGUGCAGCUGUCGGUUCCACGUCAUCCGGAAACUCGGCAAGAACAUCUAGCCUCAAGUACAAAGUCGGCUGGAAGCACUGGAAACCUGGCCGUGGUUAUGUGCAGAUGAAAAAAAAUACCGGUGGUGGUACUCGUACAGUUCAUAUACCUCGCAACGCUUCCCUUGAAGAGUGCCAAACCAUCGCAGAAGGUCUGUUUUUCCCGGAAGGCAAGAGUUCAGUUGGUGAAUUGGAGAAAAUGAUCACUGCAAUGGGCAAUUUCAGUGGUGAUUGUAUUGUUUUAAUGAGGGAAGAUGGCAAGCCAUUUCAAUUUUCGCCCGAGCGGUACAAAGAGAUGACAGGCUUAACAGUUCCACGCUUGUACCUAUUAACGAAAAAUGAAGAUGAUGCGGAUGGUGAUGAGGAUGAAUCAUUCCCAUCAGCAUUUGGCUAUCAUGAUCCAUCAUUUGGUACGAAAAGGGCGUCAAGCCCUUCCUUUCCAAAGGAAGACGGGCUCAUUGGUACAUCAAGUGAGCGCCAACAGUUUUUUGAUGACCUGGAUCAGGAAUUGAGGGCUUCCCUUGCGGCCGAUAAAGCGAAAGUAAAGAGUACAAACAAACAACAGCUGAUAUCUGAGCCCACCAAUGACGAAACGGAUUCCCUUGAAAGGCUUCGUCAAGUUCGUGAGCAGCGUUCUCUGCCAGAACCUGACAGCAGCGAACCAAAAGUAAAAGUGUCUGUACGACAUUGUACGUUAGGUGUGGUCAGCAGAGUGUUUGACCCGGAAGGAAGCAUGCAAGGCGUUUAUGAUUGGAUUGGAUCCCUUUCCAGAACACCGGAACAUUUUUUUUUAGUUACGUUUCCAUCAACAACGCUAUACCCAGAUGAGAAGGUUGUCAAAGUGAACGACACAGUCAUUAACACGACUGAAACGACGGAACCUGUGCCGCUUUCUAAGGAUGAGGAGGACGUUUAUUUCCAAGAUGGCUGGGGUUUGGAACAUGGGUUCGACGACACCGUCUGGGACGAAAACGAAUUUUGUUCUCCUCAGUCUCCAAGACAGCAAGGAUUACCAGUUAUUGCCACUCACUCCACCAACGAGAUUGAUCCAGUAAACAUCAACCCUCCUGUGCAUCUUCUAGCAAAUGAAGACAACCCAAAGUCUGACAACAAGCUGUCACUUGAAGAAAAGGUUCAGCUACAGGAAUCCAAAUUACAACCGGCCAAAAUAGUUAUAAUAGAUCGCCAUGAUGCAGUUAAUGAGUUAUCGGCCUUAUACAGUGACAAGGACAUCUUGGAUUGUAAAUUAUCGGUGUCCUUCGCAGACGAAAAUGCUCUUGGGGAUGGAACGUUAAGAGAAGUAUAUUCCCUCUUCUGGGACAGCUUUGUUGCAAGAUUUUGUGAAGGCAGCAGGCAGUUUGCAGUAAUACCUAAUCCGUCAUUGUCAGAUGAGAAUUACCAAGCCCUCGGAAGAAUUAUUACACACCAGUUAGUACUUACAGGUACUUUUCCUAUACAGCUGGCAGAGGUAUAG